AAUUGCAGACGUGGUGAAUCUUACAUGAUCUAUUUCUCUCUUGAUGGUGUGCCUACCCUACUUCGACGGAAUUCAGCCAAAUGCUACGAUCUAUAGCUUAAAGUAUGACUCCCCGUUGGAUCCUUCUCAUCAUCCUUACAGCAGUCCUAUCUGCUGAGAGACCGAUGGUGAGACCUGGACCUCCCUAUGGCAUUGUGUUUGAAGAUGCUCAAGGAUUCCUUCUGGCAAACCAUUGGAUCCACACCCAGCGGAUAUAUGUCAGUCUAAACCCAUGGCAUGUGUAUCGCAGACACAUUUAUCCAAAGACAUUGUUGCCUAUUCCAUGUCAUGAUGAGAUCGUGCCUAUUGAAUAUGCUUCUGAUACAACCAGGCACAUGCUACAGCAGUUGCAAAUGUUUGUAGUUGAUCCAGAUGUCAUAGUUGGUCCCAAAAGACUGUCAACAAGUGUACCUGUAAUUGGGUCAUUGUUCAAAUUUGGUCCCUCAGCUGCUGACGCAAUCAGUAUAUCAACCCUGACCAAACACGUUAGACAACUGAGGGGUGAGAUGCCGGAAAUAAAACGUAGAAUCCAACUCAGCGCACAGCCAGCAAUGCCACGCACCUCCAAAACACGGCAGGGAACCGUUGUUAUCGUCAAUCAACACUCCAUCAUGCUAGAUGAGACCCAGCUUUGCUUCCAGAACUUAACAUCCCAGAACUUAACAUCCCAGAAUAUAACAUCCCAGAACUUAACAUUCCAGAACUUAACAUCCCAGAAUUUAACAUCCCAGAACACAGGAUGGAUCUUUGAUUAUCUGAUGCACAGCCUGUUAAAACAGGUUAGCAGGUCAGUGUCCAGUUUGAGCAGUGGGAGAAUUCCCUCGUACUUAGUCCCUAUAAGUAUGGUGAAUGAUACAAUAUAUACUGCUACUUCUGGUGAUGUCAGCGAAUUACAAGUGCGUCUAGCGUAUGGUCUUGGCAAUGCCAUUCCUGUACAUGUCGACCUAAACAAUAUGGAAAUUGGAUUCCUUCUGAACAUACCUAUCGUUAAGAAUAAGGACAUUUACAGAUUAAAAUCUGUCCUAAAUGUAGGGUUCUGGAAGGCUAAUGUUCACAUACAUUUCAAAACACCAUCCAUGGUGGCGUACCAUGAUGACAGGCCCCUUGUCCACUACAUCCCUAACUUCGACAUGUGCACCUCUGUCAAAGAUGUCAACUGGAUCUGCCCUACUAAUCCGUUCUUAAGAAACCCGCACAAAGCCUUUUGUGGUUUGUCACCCACCCCUAGUCAACAGUGUACAGGUACUAUGACCAUCAAGGGUGACAGAUCAGAAACAAGAGUAGUAAGCGUGGGUGAUGAAUGGGUUGUCAGCACUCCAAACAGUGAAAUUGUGGUGCAUCAUGAAGAUCAGGACACGUACGUGCUACUAACAAUCCCCAACCAAACAGUGUUUGUCAAAGUUCCAGAGGGAGUAUCCAUUUACGUUGGCAAACACAUUGCGUUGCACCACCUCAGAGUUGACAACGACAGAGAAAUUGAAAUACCAAAUGCAUUCCAGCCUCAUCAUGACCUCAACAUUACAGAUGAACUGCAACAACUUCUGGCUGAGGGGCCCCAAACUGUUCAGUUCUCUCUGGACAAGAUGGGGUACAAUAUCCUUUAUGUGUCGCGUUUGGAAUCUCACACAAACAAUGGUGUGCUUAGUGGUCUACCAUUAAUUAUAAUUCUAUGUGUAAUUCAAGUGCAAUUGUUAGUGUGUAUCAUCAUAGUCAUUGUACUGCGCAAAAGCACAUUCCAAGCACAUUCCAUUCCAAGCACCGAUGCAGCCUGCUACACCACAAGGCACGAGGUCUUACCAGUUAAUCUAAUUUUGCAUAAUGCUUCAUAAUCACAAAGCUCAAUUGAAGUAUAGCAAAACUGUGAGCUUUUGUUGGAACUCUUCAUGUAUGCAACAUAAACAAUUUUUGAUGUCACUUUUUGUAUUUGUGAGCAGCGAUGUACUGUGUAAUCUUAAAUUUUUGGACUUAUACUCUUUUACUUUUUACUAUAUUUUUACCUAUAUAUUGGAACAAAAAAUAAAAUAAAAUAAAAUACUUCCAGUGGCAAAGAGGUAAAUGCAUUUUCCCUUCUUUGGGUGUCCUCGUGGUCCGGAAUAGCCCUACUCUUUCCUUUGGAUAUAUAUUGAAUCCUUGUGGAAAUAUUGUGUGAGAAUCUGCACCAGACUUCUGCUGGAUUUGGCUUUUAUCUGGAAAGAGGUGUAAGUGACUAAUUCUAUUUUUUCUCCUCCUCUGUUUGUCAGAGGGGGGAGCUAUGGCUACAUGGUUGAUGGCUUUGGGAUGGGAUGUGACAUGUUGGCUUUGGUGUUUGAGGUAAAACUGUUAAAAGGGUGCUUUUAUAUUAGGAAGGUUUACCUUGUAUGUUGUGAUUUUAGCCUAGGGAGGAUUCUUGUUUACGUUUUGAGUGUCCCUUGACCUUUUGGUGGAUGCUAAAAGUAGGCAACGUUACACGUCCUAACAACCACAUACCUGUACACCUUUUUCUGUCACAGAAAUACUUCUUCUGCCUCUCUGUAUCCAUUUCACUGCUAUCCUAAUUUAUAUUUCAUUCAACAUAGACACUCCUGUCUAGCCUCCCUCUGUUAUAAUGUGACAGCUUGUAUGUCAUUAUGUUACAACUUAUGAAAUGUUGAAU